CGAUGCCAGCUGCUGAUGCCACUAUUGGCAAACGCAUCAUUCCACCUCACUGAAUUAUUGGAAGUUUUCCUCAUUGGCUUUGUGUGUUGUUUGUUUGCUUUAAAGCGUAUCCCUCUAUUUUUAACACCCCCCACCCCCUUUGAAAGUGCCAUGUUUUCCUCGUCCAAACCCUCUUUAUUUUCCCCCUGGACCUCCAUGGAGCAGGCUGACUCAGACGUCCUGGACAUCAGCACUAAGGUGCAGCUGCAUGGGGUGCUGUGGAAAAGACCCUUUGGAAGACCAUCUGCCAAGUGGUCCCGAAGGUUUUUCAUCAUUAAGGACAGCUUCUUGCUCUAUUAUGCUGAGAGUGAGAAAAGAAACUUUGAGACUAAUAAGUACUUCAAUAUUCAUCCAAAGGGUGUUAUUCCUCUAGGUGGAUGUGUGGUUGAGGCUAAAGAAGACCAGGGCAUGCCUUUUGCCAUGGCUAUCAACCAUGAAGAUUUCACUGGGGAAAUAGUCUUAGCAGCAGAGUCAGAGUCCGAGCAGAUCCAGUGGCUGGAGAUGCUGCAAGAGUCUGGGAAAGUCACUUGGAAGAAUGCUCAGCUGGGAGAGGCUAUGAUUGAGAGUCUGGAGGCUCAGGGACUACAGCUAGCCAAGGAGAAACAGGAGUACCUAGAUAAACUCAUGGAGGAGACUGAAGAACUGAGCUUACAGAGAGAACAGAAGGCGGAGCUGGAGCGGCUGAACCAGGUGUUGGAAGAGGAGAAGCAGAAGUUUGAGGAGGUGGUGAUGGAGCUCAGAGCAGAGCAGGAGCAGAUUAAACUGGAUCUGGAUGGGACAGCUCAGUCACUGAAAGGAGUGGAGUCAGAGAAACAGGAGCUUCAUAAUCUCACUAUCCUGCUGCAGAAAUCUCUUGAGGAGCUGUCGAAGGAGAAGCAGCGCACUCUGGAGCUGCUCAGAGACCGCGGGUUGGCUGGAGCUGAGCUGGGCACUGCUGUUCAGCCUUCUUCUCCAGACUCUCAGCGCCCCGAGGCACCAGAGGAGCAGCUGCAGGGCAACCUGCGCCACAUCGAGGAGCAGAUGAGGAGUGUGCUCAGGGAAAAACAGCAGGCUGAAGAGAGGCUGAAGGAGAACGAGCAGCGGGCACAGGUUCUGCAGAAGGAGAGAGAGUUCUACUCCUCUCAAUCUCAGGCCCUCCAGCAAUCUCUCAGCCAGCUCACAACCGACAAGCAGCAGAUUGAAGGCGAGCUGAAGGCUGAGAUGGAGUCCCGUGCAGAGUUAGAGCAGCGGCUGAAGCUGGCUGAGGAGGCCCUGAAGGAUCUGGAGCAGGGUCUGAACUGCAUCGAGCGCAGCCACGAGAGAGAUGAGAAGAUGAGAGGAGAUGUCAGCCACCUCCGCAAGUUCUUUGAGGAGUGUAUCUGUGCAGCGGAGAUUGAGGCCAAGCUGCCCGCCAUCAUGAAGAACGCUGUAUAUCUGCAUAAAGCUGCUGCUCGCCGCAUCAAGAGCUGUCGAGUCCAGAGACAUGCCUCCAGGCAACACUGGCUGAAACACUCCAAGUCAUUUGUCUGCCCACAUGGCGAGGCUCCCAGCCUGGAGGACCUGAAAGAGACUGCCCGGCGUCUGACCUCAGACAGCUGCUUUAGACAACGCGUCUACACGAUCAUCACCCGCCAAGACACAGUACAGUCUCAAGACUGA